GCUACUUAACCCUCACAUUGCCCAUUUCCACCGCACAACAGCAAUCCUUCUUCUCUUGCCUCAUCUCAUUAAACAAUAUUCUUAUCCCCAUGGAAGGAUCGGGUGUGGUAACGGUCUACGGCAACGGAGCAAUAACGGAGACAAAGAAGUCCCCGUUCUCGGUCAAAGUGGGCCUGGCCCAGAUGCUGCGGGGAGGGGUGAUAAUGGACGUGGUGAACGCGGAGCAGGCCCGCAUCGCGGAGGAGGCAGGGGCGUGCGCGGUCAUGGCGCUGGAGCGUGUGCCAGCGGACAUCAGGGCCCAGGGCGGGGUGGCCCGAAUGAGCGACCCGCAGCUCAUUAAGGAGAUAAAGCAGGCGGUGACCAUCCCGGUGAUGGCGAAGGCCCGCAUCGGGCACUUCGUGGAGGCCCAGAUCCUGGAGGCCAUCGGAAUCGACUACGUGGACGAGAGCGAGGUUCUGACCCCAGCGGACGACGCCAACCACAUCAACAAGCACAACUUCCGGAUCCCCUUCGUCUGCGGCUGCCACAACCUCGGCGAGGCCCUCCGCCGCAUCCGCGAGGGCGCCGCCAUGAUCCGCACCAAGGGCGAGGCCGGCACCGGCAACAUCAUCGAGGCCGUCCGCCACGUCCGCUCCGUCAUGGCCGACAUCCGCCUCCUCCGCAACAUGGACGACGACGAGGUCUUCACCUUCGCCAAGAACCUCGCCGCCCCCUACGACCUCGUCAUGCAGACCAAGCAGCUCGGCCGCCUCCCCGUCGUCCAGUUCGCCGCCGGCGGCGUCGCCACCCCCGCCGACGCCGCCCUCAUGAUGCAGCUCGGCUGCGACGGCGUCUUCGUCGGCUCCGGCGUCUUCAAGAGCGGCGACCCCGCCAAGCGCGCUAGGGCCAUCGUCCAGGCCGUCACUCAUUACAGCGACCCUGAGGUCUUGGCUGAGGUCAGUUGCGGCUUGGGCGACGCCAUGGUUGGGAUCAAUUUGAACGAUUCCAAGGUCGAGAGGUUCGCCCAUCGCUCUGAAUGAGUAUGCUCUUGCUACUGCUUUUACUUCUUUCUUGUUUCCUUAAUAAGCUUAUGCUUUUCCUUUUUCGUCUUUUUAUUUUAUUUUAUUCUCAACUGCGUUAGUUCGAUUUAGAUAAACCAACCAAAAAAUAUGGAGAUAGUUAUGUUGGACUUGUAAUAUGUUGUUUUAUUUCAUACAUAUUUAGCGCUGUGCUAUUGUGUUAGUGCGUUAAUGUUCUUCAACCAUUCUUCUUUGGAUAUUGGAUCCUAUUUUUUAUUUUUAUAUUUUAUUGGAAUCAAACCCUUUCCCUUCUACUUUGUAAUAGUUGAACCACUGUCAUUCCAAAUUCACAAUUUUUAUGACUGCUGAAGCGAAAAUUGGACGCUGAAAAGGGUAUGUUAAGUGUUAUUCUGGGUCUUUCACUUGUAACUCAUGCUUAUCCAUCGGGUUAUCUCUAAUAUCCAUUCAGUAGCGUUUCUUU